AUGAAAUUUUGGUUUGUUCUGCAGGCUCAAAGCGAACCGGGCGAGCAACACCCUGUCACAGAGGCCUCAUCUCCAGAUAGUCCUGGGGCCAGAAGUCCAACAACUGUGCGAGAGGGGCAAAGCGAACCUGGCGAGCAAAACCCGGCAGCAGAGGACUCACCUCCAGAAGUAGAUAGCCCAAUCAGCGCCAAAGAGGCUCAAAAAAGUGUGGCUGGCGACGGCGAUUCUGUCACCGAGGCCUUGGAUGCCAUUGGACGUGCUAAGGAGGUCGAAGAGGCUGAAAACAGCGUGGCAAAUGCCUUGGCGGAGCAUUUGGAGGCAGUUCCACAGGAGAGGCCCACAACAGUCACAACAGUCUUGACUGAGGGACAAAGCGCUGUAUCCUACGAAGAGGGCGAUCUGGCCGACGAGCAAGAGUAUGCUUGUGCUCAGGCUGUAGCGGGCAAGCUGAUCCGCAUGUUGUCCUCCCAAGCCCAGGCCAAAUUGGUAGCAGAGCAGUCCUAGGCCACUACCAGGAUUUUCCCUGAGGCAGCGAAGAAUCAUAUUUUUGUUGGGAAGUUGUCCAAUACAUCUCUGGGCAUUGGCUCAGAUUGGCCAAUGAUUUUUUGGUCCGGUCUCACCGUGUGUGAUGCUCAUGAAAUGGAUGAAAUGGAGAUGGGUCAAAGGUCGUCCGAAAACUCACCCAGAAAGAUGUUUGGAG